AUGGCCCUGCUCGUGCACCUGAAGAUGGUGACCGACCUGCGGGGCAAGGCAGACCGGAUAGCCAAGGUGGCGUUCCGAGGUCUCUCCUUCUACACCCGGGUCCUCGAGAACUGUGAGAAUGAAGCGCCGUUUGACGAGACCUUCCGGUGGCCCAUUGCAAGCAGCAUCGACGUCCACGAAAUGCUGGAGAUCCAGGUGUUCAACUACAGCAAGGUCUUCUCCAACAGACUCAUUGGAACGUUCCAGAUGGUCUUGCAGAAGGUGGUGGAGGAGGGGCGACUGGAGGUGACGGACACGCUGAUCGAUGACAACAACUCCGCCAUCCAGACCAGCAUCUCCAUCGAAAUUCGGUACCAGGCCAUGGACGGCACCGUGGGCACCUGGGACGACGAGGAGUUCCUGGAGAGCCCCAAGGGCCGCUGCGAGGGGGGCCCUGGAGAGACCGACGUCCUGCUGCCCGGCCGCCGGCACUCCCCCAGCAAGGCCAGCGCGGCGGAGAGGGCCCUCCGGAGGCAAGAAGAGGAGGAGAUGUGCUACCACAGCGAGGACGAGCUCCUGGGCGAGGGGGACACCAUCAGCCAGAGCUCCCUCAGCGCGAGGUGCGCUCAGGGAGCGAACGACAUCCUCUCGGCUUUUGACGUGAGGCUGGGCCCUCGAGGGCCCCCCGGGGCUCACGCAGGAUGUCCCCGCGGCCUCCGGGAGGCUCUGGCUCUCGCCUGCCUGCUCUGCCUGCACGGCGGGUGCCUCUAUUCCCCCUUUCCACGGUGCGGGCUCUCGUGGCGAGGAUUUCGUCUGACGACCGAGGCGAGCCAUUCGGCUGCAGCAGCUUUCCUGAAGCCCCAUGAGCCGGCCAUCCUGGACGCGGAGGAUCUGGACCGCAAGGCGAUGCGCCUCGGGGGUGGCCUGGACCCGGACACCAUCUCCCUGGCAUCGGUCACCGCCGUCACCACCAAUGUGUCGAACAAGAGAUCCAAGCCCGAUAUUAAAAUGGAGCCCAGCGCGGGAAGACCGAUGGAUUACCAGGUCAGCAUCACCGUCAUUGAGGCGCGCCAGCUGGUGGGGCUGAACAUGGAUCCCGUGGUGUGCGUGGAGGUCGGGGAGGAGAAGAAAUACACGUCCAUGAAGGAGUCGACCAACUGCCCCUACUACAACGAGUACUUUGUCUUUGACUUCCACGUGCCCCCAGAUGUGAUGUUUGACAAGAUCAUCAAAUUAUCGGUGAUUCACUCCAAGAACCUCCUGCGCAGCGGGACCCUGGUGGGCUCCUUCAAGAUGGACGUGGGCACCGUUUACUCCCAGCCAGAGCACCAGUUCUACCACAAGUGGGCCAUCCUGUCGGACCCCGAGGACAUCACGGCCGGGCUGAAGGGCUACCUGAAGGUGGACGUCGCCGUGGUGGGCAAGGGGGACAACAUCAAGACCCCCCACAAGGCCAACGAGACGGACGAGGACGACAUUGAGGGGAACCUCCUUCUUCCAGACGGGGUCCCCGCGGAGAGGCAGUGGGCCCGCUUCUACGUCAAGGUCUACCGUGCAGAGGGCCUUCCGCGCAUGAACACCAGCAUCAUGGCCAACGUGAAGAAGGCCCUCGUCGGGGAGAACAAGGAUCUGGUGGACCCUUAUGUGCAUGUGCUCUUUGCCGGGCAGAAGGGCAAAACCUCCGUCCAGAAGAGCUGCUAUGAGCCCCUCUGGAACGAGCAGAUCGUCUUCACAGAGAUGUUCCCGCCACUGUGCAAGCGGAUCAAGGUGCAGAUCCGGGACUCGGACAAGGUCAACGAUGUGGCCAUCGGGACCCACUUCAUCGACCUCAGGAAGGUCUCCAACGAGGGAGACAAGGGCUUCCUGCCCACCUUCGGCCCGGCCUGGGUGAACAUGUACGGCUCCACGCGCAACUACACGCUCAUGGACGAGCACCAGGACCUGAACGAGGGGCUGGGCGAGGGGGUCUCCUUCCGCGCCCGCCUGCUGCUCAGUCUGGCCGUGGAGAUCCUGGAUGCCAGCAGCCCCGGCCUGAGCAGCUCCACAGAGGUCCAGGUGGAGCUGGCCACCCCCGUGCCCGACAACUGCACGGGCAAGAUGGAGGAGUUCUUUCUCUUCGGGGCCUUCCUGGAGGCCACCAUGAUCGACCGGAAGAACGGGGACAAGCCGAUCAACUUCGAGGUCACCAUAGGCAACUACGGCAACGAGAUCGAUGGGAUGUCCAGGCCGGCCGUCAAGAGGAGGAAGGAGGGCGGGGAUGGCAACGAGGAGGAAUCCGAGCUGCUGCAGAACGAGAGCGACGAGGAGGGCGGCGACGGCGGCGGGGAGUUCGCCUCGGUCUCCACCUCUCCCCCCAUGAGGCCUUUGGUCACAGACAGGAACUACUUCCACCUGCCGUACUUCGACAAGAAGCCUUGCAUUUACAUCAAGAGCUGGUGGCAGGACCAGCGGCGGCGCCUCUACAACUCGAACAUCAUGGACAAGAUCGCGGACAAGCUGGAGGAAGGGCUGAACGACGUGCAGGAGAUGAUCAAGACGGAGAAGCCGCACCCGGAGCGCCGCCUCCGAGGCGUCCUGGAGGAGCUGAGCAGCGGUUGCCUGCGGUUCGUGACCCUCGCCAACAAGGACCAGAGCCACGUCUCGCGCACGCGGCUGGACCGGGAGAGGCUGAAGUCCUGCAUGCGGGACCUGGAGGCCAUGGGCCAGCAGGCGAAGGCCAUGCGCUCCCAGGUCAAGAAGACCACCAUCCGGGACAAGCUGAAGCAGGCCCAGAACUUCCUGCAGAAGCUGCGCUUCCUGGCCGACGAGCCGCAACACAGCAUCCCGGACGUCUUCAUCUGGAUGAUGAGCAACAGCAAGCGGGUCGCCUACGCACGCAUCCCCUCCAAGGACAUCCUGCACUCCAUCGUGGACGAGGAAGCGGGCAAGGACUGCGGGAAAGUGAAGACUGUCUUCCUGAGGUUGCCCGGGAAAAGGGGCUUCGGGCCGGCCGGCUGGACGGUGCAGGCCAAGAUGGAGAUCUACCUGUGGCUGGGCCUCAGCAAGCAGCGGAAGGACUUCCUCGGCGGGCUGCCGUGCGGCUUCGAGGAGAAGAAGCUGCCCCGGGGCCAGGGCCUCCCGAGCUUCCCGCCCGUCAGCCUGCUCUACACCAAGAAGCAGGUCUUCCAGCUGCGGGUCCACAUGUACCAGGCCCGGAGCCUGUUCGCGGCGGACAGCAGCGGCCUCUCGGACCCCUUCGCCCGCGUCUUCUUCAUCACCCAGAGCCAGUGCACUGAGGUGCUCAGCGAGACGCUGUGCCCCACCUGGGACCAGCUGCUGGUCUUUGACAACGUGGAGCUGUUCGGGGAGGCCCACGAGAUGCGGGACGACCCGCCCAUCACCGUCAUCGAGAUCUACGACCAGGACACGGUGGGCAAGGCGGACUUCAUGGGCCGGACGUUCGCCAAGCCGGUGGUGAAGAUGGCGGACGAGGAGUACUGCCCGCCCCGCUUCCCGCCCCAGCUGGAGUAUUACCAGAUCUACCGGGGCAACUCCACGGCGGGGGACCUGCUGGCCGCCUUCGAGCUCCUGCAGAUUGGUCCCGCUGGGAAGUCAGACUUGCCCCCCAUUGACGGGCCCACAGACGUGGACCGCGGGCCCAUCCUGCCGGUGCCCCUGGGGAUCCGCCCGGUGCUGAGCAAGUACAGAGUGGAGAUCCUGUUCUGGGGUCUGAGAGACCUGAAGCGGGUGAACCUGGCCCAGGUGGACAGGCCCCGGGUGGACAUCGAGUGUGCUGGCCGGGGGGUGCAGUCCUCCCUCAUCCAGAACUACAAGAAAAACCCCAAUUUUAGCACCUUGGUCAAGUGGUUUGAAGUGGACCUGCCCGAGAACGAGCUGCUGCACCCGCCCCUGAACAUCCGCGUGGUCGACUGCCGCGCCUUCGGCCGCUACACCCUCGUGGGCAGCCACGCCGUCAGCUCCCUGCGGAAAUUCAUCUACAGGCCGCCAGAUAAGAAGGCUCAGCACUGGAGCACCGCAGCUAAGCUCAUGAGCGCCUACACGGCCCUGGCCAACGGAGGGCCCUGCUCUCGUCCCGCAGGUGAGAUCGUGGUCAACAUGGAGCCCGAGGUCCCCAUCAAGAAGAUGGAGACCAUGGUGAAGCUGGAAGCGAAUUCGGAUGCGGUCGUGAAGGUGGACAUGUCGGAAGAGGAGAAGGACAAGGGGAAGGGGAAGAAGAAGAAGAAAGGCAGUUCAGAGGAGCCCGAGGAGGAGGAGCCCGACGAGAGCGUGCUGGACUGGUGGUCCAAGUACUUCGCUUCCAUUGAGACGAUGAAGGAGCUACUUCGGCAACAGGAGGCAGCUGCAGCUGAAGCAGAGGAAAAGGAAGAGCUGGAGAUGUCCGAUGGCGCCAGGGGCCACGGCAAGCCCAAGGAGAAGCUCCGAGUGCCCAAAGAGGAAAAGAAGAAGAAGCAGCAGCCGCCGCCAGACGCCCUGGAGAAGAAGCAGAAGCAGAAGAUCGACGAGAUGAAGGUGUACCCCAAAGAGCUGGAGUCGGAGUUCGACAACUUCGAGGACUGGCUGCACACCUUCAACCUCUUCCGCGGGAAGACCGGCGACGAUGACGACACGGCUGCCGACGAGGAGCGCAUCGUGGGCAGGUUUAAGGGCUCCCUGUGUGUCUACAAAGUGCCGCUCCCCGAUGACAUCACCAAGGAGGCCGGGUACGACCCCAAUUUCGGCAUGUUCCAGGGCAUCCCCAGCAACGACCCCAUCAACGUGCUGGUCCGCAUCUACAUCGUGCGGGCCACUGAUCUGCAUCCGGCAGACAUCAACGGCAAGGCCGACCCAUAUAUCGCCAUCCGGCUGGGCAAGACGGAGAUCAAGGACAAGGAGAACUACAUCUCCAAGCAGCUGAACCCCGUCUUUGGAAAGUCCUUCGACAUCGAGGCCACGUUCCCCAUGGAAUCCAUGCUGACGGUGGCCGUGUAUGACUGGGACCUGGUGGGCUCCGACGACCUGAUUGGCGAGACCAAGAUCGACCUGGAGAACCGGUACUACAGCAAGCACCGGGCGACCUGCGGCAUCGCCCAGACCUACGCCAUCCACGGUUACAACAUCUGGCGAGACCCCCAGAAGCCCUCUCAGAUCCUCAGCAAGCUGUGCAAGGAGGGCAAGCUGGACGGCCCCCAGUACGGCCCUGGCGGCAGGGUGAAGGUCACCAACCGGGUCUUCACUGGCCCCACGGAAGUGGAGGAUGAGAACGGCCAGAAGAGGCAGACGGACGAGCACCUGGCCCUGGCGGUGCUGCACCACUGGGAGGAGGUCCCCCGCGCAGGCUGCCGGCUCGUGCCGGAGCACAUGGAGACGCGGCCCUUGCUCAACCCGGACAAGCCCGGCAUCGAGCAGGGACGGCUGGAGAUGUGGGUGGACAUGUUUCCCAUGGACAUGCCGGCUCCGGGGCCGGCCAUUGACAUCUCUCCGCGGAAGCCGAAGAAAUACGAGCUUAGAGUGAUAGUUUGGAACACCGAUGAGGUGGUCCUGGAGGACGACGAUUACUUCACUGGCGAGAAAUCCAGUGACAUUUUCGUCCGGGGGUGGCUGAAGGGUCAGCAGGAGGACAAGCAGGACACGGACGUCCACUACCACUCCCUGACGGGCGAGGGCAACUUCAACUGGCGCUUCGUCUUUCCUUUCGACUACCUGGCCGCCGAAGAGAAGAUCGUCAUCUCCAAGAAAGAGUCCAUGUUCUCCUGGGACGAGACCGAGUACAAGAUUCCGGCCCGACUCACGCUACAGGUGUGGGAUGCCGACCACUUUUCCGCUGAUGACUUCCUCGGAGGUAUUGAGCUCGACUUGAACCGGUUCCCCCGUGGGGCUAAGACCGCCAAGCAGUGCAGCAUGGAACUGGGGACCGGGGAGAUCGAGGUGCCCAUGGUCUCCAUCUUCAAGCAGAAGAGGGUCAAGGGCUGGUGGCCCUUCUUGGCCCGAGAUGAGAAUGACGAAAUGGAGAUGACGGGUAAAGUGGAAGCUGAGCUUCACCUCCUGACUGCAGAGGAAGCUGAGAAAAGCCCGGCCGGGCUGGCUCGUAACGAGCCCGACCCACUGGAGAAACCCAACCGCCCGGAUACGUCUUUCAUCUGGUUCCUGAACCCGCUCAAGUCCAUCCGGUACCUCAUCUGCACCCGCUACAAGUGGCUCAUCAUCAAGAUCGUGCUGGCCGUCCUGCUCAUCAUCAUGGUGGCCCUCUUCCUGUACUCCAUGCCCGGCUACAUGGUCAAGAAGCUCCUGGGGGCAUGA